CCCUUGAGCAAGUCACUUAACCCUAAUUGCUCCUGUAAAACGCUCUGGAUAAGAGCAUCUGCUAAAUGACUCACAUGUCAAAUGUAAACCGUUGAAAGCUGCUGCAGUUGGAAGGAACCAACAUUAAAGGCCGGUCUGAUUAUAUACUUCAUUAUUGCAUUGUGAAAGUGAUAGAGAAGUUGAGGAAUCUGUGGAUACUGAACUGUUGACCUCUGCAUGGAGGAAGACCGGUGUAAAUGCACUUCUGACAGUGGGUGAGCAGAGGAGAGCAGUGCUUGGAAGUAGCAUUGCAGCGUCCCUGUGAGCCUCAAGCCGACAGCUGCAACCAAGUUGCUGUUUACAUCCCCCGCAGAUUUACAGAGAGAGAGAGAGAGAGAGAGAAAAAACAACUUUUAGUCAGGUUUGUUAUAUUUGGCUAUGUGGGGGAGUGAAGUCAAGCGUGCACCUGACACUUUCUUGGAGUGCUCAUAGCGCGCUGUAGCGUUGCCAAAACAAUGAUGUGAUAUAACGUGAUACCAUGGGAAAAUAACGGAAACGCACCAGAGAGAUUCCACAGACAGGAGUGAAAUUUAACGGACCCAAUAACCGUCACAGCUCGCGCCACCGGGGACCGGAUGGAAUACAAACGGAAUAGUCAACGAGUGACUCACCUUUUAUACAGUCCGUUAUUUAUGGUGAGCGUGCGAUCUGCUGUGCGCACAGCUCGCCAACACGUCAGAUAACGGUCACCUUGUAGUCGCCUGUAAAUGAAGAAGAUCUUAAAUGAGUCUGCUGAACAAACGUCGUUGAACUAACAUGGACCCAAGAUGAAUUAUGAGUUUGUGAUAUCGACUAUGUGGGACUAGAGAUGUGACCUCUUUAUUUUUCCGAAGUCAUGACAGUUAUUAAGUAACCUAACGGAACAUUCGACUAAUCUCUCAAGAUGGCCCUCAGUCCUGUCCUUCUCUUUCUCCUCUCUCUGAUUGGCUGCGGCCACUCCCAGGAUGACAUCAUCGACCCCGGCCUGGCCCCUCCCCCUCCUCUGGGUUGCGGUGUGAACGUGGACCCCUUCUACCGGACGUUGUGUGACCUGGAGUCUGUGUGGGGGGUGGUGUUGGAGGCCGUGGCCUGUGGUGGAGCCAUCACCUCCCUGGUCCUCUCCGUGGUUCUCCUAGCCAAGCGCCACUCCAUCCUUGACCCAGAUCGGCGCUCCGGCCUGGGUCCUCUUCUCCUCCUGCUGGCCUCCCUCUUGGUUCUCUUCUCCCUGUCCCUGGUCUUCCUGGUGGGGCGUAACGAGGCCCUGUGUGUGGUCCGCCGGGUCCUCUGGGGCCCCCUGUUCGCCCUGUGCUUCUCCUGCCUCCUGGCCCAGGCGGUGCGGUUGAAGAGGCUGGUGUCUGGAAAGUCUAGCCCCAAAGGGAGCUCCCUGGCUGGGCUUGGCAUGGCCCUGGCCCUGGUCCAAGGGAUCAUCUCUGGAGAGUGGCUGCUGCUGACAGUGGUGAGGGAGGGCCACGGGGCCUGCGACUACCCACCGGUAGACUUUGCCCUGGUUUGCAGCUACGCCCUGGGGCUGCUCCUGACGGCGCUGUGCCUCUCCCUGGCUGUGGUGCUGUGUGGAGGGGAAGGGGGAGAGGACGAGGCAGAGGAGGGGAGUGACGGAGGGUGCGAGCGGCGUUGGAAGUGCAACGCCGUAUGGCUCUUCCUGUCCUGCCUGGCGUCCCUGUUGCUAUGGGUCUCCUGGCUUGUGCUCUAUCUCUAUGGCGACGCAGCGUUGAGGGGGGCAUGGUUGGGUGGUGGGGAAGGGCUGCGAAAGGACUGGGAUGAGCCGGUGUUGGCGGUUGCCUUGGUGGCGCAAGGAUGGAUCCUGCUGUUAUUUCACGCUAUCCCAGAAGCCCACCUGUGUCUGAGGGACCCGCCGGUCCCCAACCAGCAGGACUACUUUCAUACCAGCCAGCCCCUGCAGCCCUGCUUCCAACAGGAGGUGCCAUUACCCACACACACCCUCACACACAGGCCCUGCGCAGAUAACCAGACCUACUCUAUCGAGGAACACAGCGCAGCACUGAGAGGUGGGUCGUACCAUAACGGACAUGGGGGGAUGCGUCCUGGGAUCCCCUUCAGAGGCCACAUGUACCAGCCCACUGAGAUGGCCCUGGUGAUGAACGGAGGAACGAUGCCUACCGCUCCGGUGAACUACACAGGGAGACAGCUGUGGUGAGAGGAGAACCUUGGAACCGGUCUCCACGGCAACACGGCAUAUUAUGGUGCCGGAAUGCUCCGGAAUGUUUCCAAUGUCACUCAUAACCCCAUCAAUGCCUCUACCUCACCUCACCAUUGACUGUACAAAGCACUGCAACAAGGAAUUUACCCCUAGCCACAGAUCUAGGAUCAGCUCACACUAACUUUUUUAUACACUUUGCUCAUUGGAGAGAACAAAAGGGAAAAACUGAUUUGAGAACAGUGCUCACAAGAAAUGUCAUUCCAGGAUUGACUGCAGGAGAUUCAGAGAAGGGUAACAAAGACAUUGCCUCCCCAGUCUUAACCCAUGCAGACUGGAAUAUAUCCCCGAUGAUGAUGAUGAUGAUGAUGAUGAACGUCUAGCUCGCUCAGUGAACAGUUAUCGGCUGGUCCCAAAUGGCACCGGCUCUGGUCAAAAGAAGUGCACUACAUAGGAAUAGAGUUCCAUUUGGGAUACAGACUUCUGUUUUUCUGUUAAAUAUUUUUAGCUUUUCUGUU